CCCUUUUUCCUGAGUUCUGGUUUUCCUUUUUUCACUGUGGCAACUAUCAUAUCACCAGACCCUGCAGCAGGCAAACGAUUAAGCCUACCUUUGAUGCCUUGGACUGCAAUAACAUACAGAUUCUUGGCACCUAAAACGUAAAAUUAAGGUUACAACUAAGAUAUACAGAAACAAUGUAUACGAUUUAAUUAAAAUUCUACAUACCUGUAUUGUCGGCACAGUUUAUAACUGCACCCACAGGUAAACCAAGAGAAAUUCUGAAUUUGGCUCCCGCGGAACCACCACGUCCUGCAAACAAAAGUAAAGCAACACAUGAACAAUGUAAAACGAAUUUGACGGACUAAACUAUGUAUAUACAUUUCAAAUAAAAAAACAAUAAACAAAUUUCGACAAAAUGAAACAAAAAUCAUAGAUGUAAAAUGGAGAUGAAUUUGGAUACUGUACCUCGCUUAGACAUCUUGAGACGUGCAACGUUCGAAUGGCCGACUGGGUUAAGGCUAGUUGAGAGAGCAGUGUUGACACCAACUUAAGAAUAAAAAAUAAUGAUUAUUUUUUAUUCAUUUUGAAUGAAUCAUAUGAGACUAAUAUUAAAUUAAUUUGUAAAAUAGACUAAUUCACAUGAAUUUAUAAUGAAAACAAUUGCUAAUAACUAUUAUGUACACUUUGUACAAUAAAGUCAAAAUCCUUUAUUUCCACAUUUCAGAUUUCAAAUGAAAAACUCUUCAAAUCUAGAUAAAAAGGACAAAAGUCUAUCUUCUUGUUCUAAUAAUUCGAAUUUAUCUAUUGAAAGUAGCAAUGUAAGUCUUGAAAUUGAUGUGGAAGCAAAAUUGAAAAGCUUCAGUGGGACGAAUACCCUUGAACAAAUUAAAAAAGAGUUAUUGAAAAAUUGGGACACAAAUAGCGUAGCUUUUUUAAAUGGAGGAGAUGUUGAAUCUGUAUGGCUAGGCAAAGAACCUUGGCCAGAUGAUGUAAAAUUAUACCAGCCUUAUGAAACGGAACAAAUAUUACUGCCUGAUAUGGCUAAUUGCUUAGCUGUUCAGGCAUUUUUGAAAAUGUGUCAAUUGGAUUUUACUGUUCAGUAUAAGGCCAAUGCUGAAGAUAUGUCACCAUCAGGACGUGUUCCAUUUAUUAAAUGUGGAGCCUGUUUGGUGUCUGAUCUGGAACCUAUUACUAACUUUGUGGCUAGCAAAGGUGUUUCACUUACAGAUCAUUUAGACCCGGCUCAAAGAUCUGAUAUGAGAACUUAUAUGUCUUUAGUCAACACUGUUCUUGGAAAUGCUGAAAAUUACAUAACUUGGGUAGAAAACGAAACAUAUUCGAAUGUCACUAAACCAAGAUAUGGCUCUGUACAUCCUUUUCCACUUAAUCACAUUUUGUCAUUCUUGAAGAGACAAUCUGUUACUAAGCGGCUUAAUGCUCUCGGUUGGUACAGGAAAUCUCUGGACAAGGUCUAUGAAGAAGUUGAAAGGGCUUGUAAUGCACUCAGUGAAAGAUUAGGAAAAGAAAGAUUCUUUUUUGGUGAAAAUCCAACUGAGUUAGACGCCCUGGUAUUUGGAAAUAUUUUUUCUAUAUUAACUGUCCCUGGGUUCCCACCUGGUUUGAAAUUGGCCGAUAUCGUUAGAAAUAAUAAAACCCUUAUGAGACACUGCAGGCAAAUUAUGAAUUUAGUUGCCAUAAAAGACAAUAUAGAAAAUCCUGUGCUUCAUAAAGCUUUCAUUCGUCAAAACGCUCAAAAAGAAGCAGUAGGUGAUUCAGAUUUAGAUGAAUUCGUCUAUGAAGAAUCUGACGAUGAGGAUAAGCUUUGGAAAGAUGAAACUACUCAACAGAUACAAGAUUAUUCUUGUCUUGUCAAUGAUGAGAACAUGAUAUAUGAUUCUCUUUUUGGAAAAACACCUCAAGACAUGGAACUAGGAGCUAUAUCUGAUCCAGAAUCACAAUUAUAUUAAAAUAUAAAUUACUUUUUCUGUA